AUGAGUCGCUCCACAGUGUGUGACUCAGACCUGACCCAUGUGAUCCACUUCUCUUCAUUCUGGACUCCUGGUGAGUGUGUUGGAGGUUAAAGUGGAGCUCCUGGUAACUGUAAUUUUACACCAACAGUUAGUUUGACCUUUGACCUGCAGGGGUCAGGGGUUCUGCUGGUAAUCUUCACGCUUCACUUUCCUGGUUUACGACCCGGAGGACUGUGUGAAGUUUCGGGACUGUCGUUGGAGACUAGCCGCUCUGAAGAUCUGAGGACCUGCAGUCAGUGGAGUAAAACCAUCAGAUCAGGACUGAGUCUGGUUCUAGUUUCAGUCCAGAGCAGACCUCCCAGCGGGAACAUCUGCAGCUGCUUUGACAUCCAGAGAAGAAGAAACAACACGGAGCCGGAGGUGAUGAGAGAGCCGGAUCAGGUGGAUCUGACCCAGGUCUGUAGAUCUGAACCUGAACCCUGUUUACUCAUCAGAUCAGACAGUCCGUUUAGAUAAUCCCUCGAAAAGUCCCUCGAAUCCUGGACUUGAACUCUGUUUGUCUUCAUGUUUAGAUCUUUGGAUCUGGACCUGGUUUCCAUGGUGAGGAGUGAGGACCGGUCUUCAGAGGAACAACCAGAGGAAGCAGACGGGUUUUCUUGUUCUGCAUCUUCAGAAUGAAGUGAGAAUUUUGAAGGUUCAGACACAGACUUUGAUCGUGGAGGAAGAUUUUCUCUUCUUCUUUAAAAUCAUUAACAUCUUUAGAAAAGACUGAAACACUGGAACCUGUCCGUUCUGUCCUCUGUGUCAUAAAGUCGUCGUCAUUCUCUGCAGAGAUGCAAAAGUCCGUCUGAUUUUAAUGGAUGAUGACAGACUGAUGAUGCAAAGACCGAUCAAAUCAAAUCUGAUGAUCUGAGAAGAACCACGAUCCAACGUCAGGAAUCAGAGACAGAAGUUUGCAGUUAGCUGCUCCUCAGUGUCUCGGGUCAGUCUGUAAACAAAAACAGCUGAGCAGAUUUUAGAAGAAACUAAAGUUCUAUUAAAACCACCCGUCUGAGCCGUGACACGAGUCAGCCACUGAGGGCGGGGUCAGACGGCGGCAGAGCGAGGCCGUGAUCCAAUCAGGACAGUUUGGAUCAGCUGCAGGAAAAUCGAUUAGCAACGGAGAAAGUGACGCGUGUCGUAUAAGCGGGAGUCACUGAGGAGGCGAAGAUGGAGGUCAGUCAUAGAAAGAAGAUCGACUGAAAACCAAAGAUCCGGUUUUUAACACCCGAGUCCAUCAGAGUCUCCAACCAUCGGGGUCCGCUGUUGAAAUCAGAUCUGUGUUUUGUCAGAGCUGGUUGGACUUCAGGUCUGAACAUGUGAGAGUGUUUACUGAGGUCAUGUGAUCCAUCAGAGCCGGGGCCUCUGGGUCCGGUCCGGGGCCCGCUAAUCAUCCCAGGUUACACUGAGCCGCACACAUGAUCCCUUUUCCUCUCUGAUGACUUCCAGAAAACUCCACGAGUCCGAACCUGCAGCGAUCGGAGAGAAAUCCCCGAGGACCAAACCACAAAGAGCCUGACUUAAUCCUGAACCUGACGGCGCUGCAGGCACAUCUGAAACGUUCUGGAGACCACCCAGACCGCCAACCGCACAGAAACACGAUUAAAGAUGAACGAAGUUAA